AUGGACAGGCAAAACAGAGCCCUAUCUGUCCGCAAGGGCCAAUCCCCCUUCCCCCGUCCGUCCGCACCGCCGGCACCACCAGCAGCCCAGCAGCCGCGCGCCCCACCGACGCCGCCGCAGGACUAUUCGGACGACGACAACGCCGCUCGCGGCCAGUACAGGAACAACUUCAACAAAUCGUCAUCCCGCUACACUAGCGGCCGACAAGAACCUGUCGCAUCCGCCUUUCCGAGCUACUACUUUUCAAACGACGGCGCUACCGCCAACACUACAAAACCACGGUCCCAACAACAACCACAGCAACAGCAACAGCGUCCGCCAACCCCUCCCAAGGAGGCCCCGCAGACGCGCACCUCUCCCAAGAUGCCGCAGGGUCCGUUCCAGGGCACGAGGAGACGCCAGCCGAGCGAGCCCCAGCCGCAGAGCAGACCUCGGGCCGGAUCGCAAAGACAGCAGCAGCAGCAGCAGCAAUAUUCCUACAACGACGCAGACUACCAAAACACAUCCUCCUCUCGCGUCCGCGACUACUCCAACGUCUCCAUCAACAUCGGCACGGGGGGAUUCGGCUUUGGAGGGUCCGGUGGUCCGUCCAUCACCGUCAACGGACGCGACUGGCGGGACGAGGGCGGCCGCAGUCGGGAUUAUCAUCGGUACCGGGACGACAGGGCCAACGGCGACAGGUAUUGGGAUGACGGCCGCGACGACGGCAGGCCGCGCAUCAACCACAUCCACACUCCUUUCAUCAGCACGCCGUUUGGGUUCGGUGGCGACAGGCCCUGGGCUGGGUUCUUGAACCUAGGCGGGUUUGGCAUCUUCUGA